UUGACACCUUUUUCCCCUUGUGUUCUUCUAGUUCUGCGUGAUGACUUCAGACAAAACCCCACAGAUGUGAUCGUGGCUGCGGGAGAACCUGCGGUCCUGGAGUGUCAGCCUCCCCGUGGACAUCCUGAACCGACCAUUUCAUGGAAAAAAGACUCAACUAAUAUUGAUGACAGAGAUGAAAGGAUCACUACGCGUGGAGGGAAGCUGAUGAUCACAAAUGCCCGCAAGAGUGACGCUGGGAAAUAUGUGUGCGUCGGCACUAACAUGGUGGGAGAACGUGAAAGUGAAGUGGCGGAACUUACAGUGUUAGAACGUCCCAGCUUUGUACGCCGACCAGGUAGCCAGGUGGUGUUGGUGGAUCAAAGUGUAGAGUUUAGGUGUGAGGCCCGUGGUGACCCGGUUCCAACCGUACGCUGGAGGAAAGACGAUGGAGACCUCCCCAAAGGAAGAUUUGAGAUUCGCGAGGACCACACCCUGAAGAUCCGUCGACUGACGUCCGCUGAUGUGGGCUCUUACACCUGCGUGGCCGAGAACAUGGUGGGCAAGGCGGAGGCAUCGGCCACGCUCACCGUUCACGUGCCUCCAGUAUUUGUGGUGAGACCAAGGAACCAGGUGGUUGGAGUUGGCAGAACCGUCACCUUCCAGUGUGAGGCCACUGGAAACCCACAACCAGCCAUUUUCUGGCAGCGGGAAGGCAGUCAGAACUUGCUGUUCUCCUACCAACCUCCUCAACCCUCCAGUCGGUUUUCAGUCUCUCAGACUGGAGACUUGACCAUCACUGAUGCUGAACGCUCGGACAUGGGCUAUUAUAGCUGCCAGGCGCUCAACAUCGCUGGCAGUGUGAUCACCAAGGCCCUGCUGGAGGUCACUGAUGUUGUGUCAGACCGCCCGCCACCAAUUAUACGACAAGGCCCCACCAAUCAGACGGUGGCUGUGGACGGCACUGUGGUCCUCAACUGUGUGACAUCUGGUAACCCCACCCCCACCGUCCUGUGGAGGAAGGACGGUGUCUUAGUGUCCACGCAUGAUUCCAGAGUCAAACAGCUGGACACAGGCGCGCUGCAAAUCCGUUAUGCAAAACUUGGUGACACUGGCAUGUACAUGUGCAUUGCCUCAACACCCAGUGGAGAGGCCUCAUGGAAAGCCUAUUUAGAAGUCCAAGAAUUUGGAGCCCCAGUCCAGCCAAACAGACCCACUGACCCAAACCUAAUCCCCAGUGCACCUUCUAAACCUGAGGUCACAGAUGUUUCCCGUACCUCCGUCACACUCACUUGGAAACCUAACUUGAAUGCAGGAGCCACACCAACGUCCUAUAUCAUAGAGGCCUUCAGUCACGCAUCAGGGAGCAGCUGGCAGACUUUGGCGGAUCAUGUAAAAACUGAGUCCUUCGUACUGAAGGGCCUGAAGCCCAGUGCAGUCUACCUCUUCUUGGUGCGGGCAGCCAAUGCCUACGGACUGAGUGAUCCCAGUCCUAUCACAGAUGCUGUGAAAACACAAGACAUCCCUCCCACCAGUCAGGGUGUGGAUCAUCGCCAGAUCCAGAGGGAGUUGGGAGAAGUCGUCAUCCACUUGCAUAACCCCACCAUUCUGUCUUCAUCUUCAGUCAGGGUGCAGUGGACGGUGGAGCAGCAGUCCCAGUACAUCCAGGGCUAUAAAGUGAUGUACAGGCCUUCCCCAGAGGGGCAGCAGAGGAGUGAAUGGGGUACAUUUGAGGUGCGGACCCCCGGGGAGGACAGUGCCGUGGUGACACAGCUUCGGAAGGGGGUCACGUACGAGUUCAAAGUCCGCCCCUUCUUCAACGAGUUCCAGGGAACAGACAGUGAUGUCAAAAUUGCCAAGACGCUGGAGGAAGCGCCGAGUGCCCCUCCUCGUAAGGUUACAGUGACAGAGAGUGGGGAUAAUGGGACUGCCAUCGUUGUCUCCUGGCAACCCCCUCCAGAAGAAGAACAGAAUGGGGUGGUCCAGGAGUAUAAGAUCUGGUGCUUGGGGAAUGAGAGUCGGUACCAUAUCAAUCGAACGGUCGAUAGCUCCAGCUUAUCUGUGAUGAUUCCAAGUCUGGCCCCUGGGAUCCGCUACAGUGUGGAGGUAGCAGCAAGCACAAGCGCAGGGCCCGGGGUCAAGAGUGAUAUCACCUACUUCCAGCUUGAUUCUUCUGGCCGAAUGACGGAGACCGUGAGUCAGGAGAACCCCCUGUCCCAGCAGAUUUCCGAUGUGGUCAAACAGCCCGCCUUUAUAGCCGGAAUCGGGGCCGCUUGUUGGAUUAUCCUCAUGGUGUUCAGUAUUUGGUUGUACCGACACCGAAAGAAAAGGAACGGCCUCUCCAGCAGCUACGCAGGCAUACGGAAAGUGCCAUCCUUCACUUUCACACCAACAGUUGCGUAUCAGAGAGGAGGAGAAGGCGUCAGCAGUGCUGGAAGGCCCGGUUUGCUUAACAUUGGGGACUCUGCCACUCAACCCUGGCUGGCUGACACAUGGCCUAACUCCUGCUCCAACCACAACGACUGCAGCAUCAACUGCUGCACUGCAGGGAAUGGCAACAGCGACAGCAAUUUGGCGACUUACAGCCGACCAGCCGACUGUAUCGCCAAUUAUAACAACCAGAUGGAUAACAAGCAGACCAACCUCAUGGUGCCAGAGUCAGGAGUCUAUGGAGAUGUAGACCUGUCCAACAAGAUCAAUGAGAUGAAGACCUUCAACAGCCCAAACCUAAAAGAUGGCCGUUUCGUUGGUCCAGGGGGCCAGCCAACACCUUACGCCACUACGCAGCUUAUCCAGUCCUCCAUCAUGAGUAACAACAUCAACUCAGACAGAGGGACUGGAGGGAGUGGGAGUAUGCUCGGGGGUGGAGGAGAAGUGAAUGAGAAACACUGCUGGAAGCCCACCUCGGUCCAGCAGCAGAAACAGGAAAUGGGAUCUCAGCUGCAGUACAACAUUAUGGAACAAAACAAGCUGAACAAGGACCGCUACAGAGGAGGUGACAGUCCUAUGCCAGCCACCAUCCCCUACAACCAGACCCAUGACAGCCACACUGGGGGCUCCUACAACAGCUCUGACAGAGGCAGCAGUAGCACCUCCGGGAGUCAGGGUCAUAAGAAGGGAGUGCGCACCCCCAAACUACCCAAACAAAGCACAAUGAAUUGGGCUGACCUUCUGCCCCCUCCGCCUGCGAACCCACCCCCCACUCGGAACACGGAGGAGUACACUCUAUCAAUGGAGGAAAGAUGUGAUGCAGAUAUGCAGUGCCCCAUGCCCCCCUCCCACAUGUACCUGCAGCCUGAUGAGCUGGAGGAGGAAGAGGAGAUGGAGAGGGGGCCCACCCCUCCCGUCCGUGGAGCAGCCUCGUCUCCCGCCGCCGUAUCCUACAGCCACCAGUCCACAGCCACUCUCACCCCGUCCCCCCAGGAGGAGAUGCAGCCAAUGCUCCAGGAUGCACCUGACAGCCAUGAGCGCAGGCGCCAUGUUGCGAGCCCCCCACCCCCACCGAGACCCAUUUCCCCCUCACACACUUAUGGGUACAUCAGCAGUCCACUGGCUGUGGACACCGAUGGUAUGGAGGAAGACAUGUUGGAGGAGGAAGAGGACGGUGACGAGACGGACGCGGAGGUGGCCAAGAUGCACUACCACCACACGCACCCGCACCACCCCCAGACACACGCGCGGAGGUUGCUACUACGAGGGCUCGAACAAACGCCCGCGUCCAGCAUGGGCGACUUGGAGAGCUCAGUGACGGGCUCCAUGAUCAACGGAUGGGGCUCCGCUUCUGAAGAAGAUAAUGUCUCUUCGGGGAGGUCCAGCGCCGUCAGCUCUUCGGACGGAUCCUUCUUCACGGACGCCGACUUUGCUCAAGCGGUAGCUGCAGCUGCAGAGUAUUCAGGCCUUAGGGUGGGGAAAUAUCCUAAUUCACAGGGCCAGGAAGUAGGGGGAGCUUCAGCACGAAAAUACCAAAUAAACCAGUCAGGCCACCGUCCUGGCAGCCCGGUGUCUACAGACAGUAAUAUGAGUAGUAUGGCAGCUAUACACAGGAGGCCUCCGAAAAAGCAAAAACAGCAUCCUGCAGCUCAUCCGGGAAGCCAGCGACGUGACGCCUUCAAUGAAGAUCUCCCUCCACCCCCCAUUCCACCUCCAGCAGUCCUUAAAUCGCCAACACAUCCUGCCAAGGCUGCUCUGGAGGGCCGGGGGGUCAUCUCCCCCAAAGCGGGAGAGGGUCGAGACAAGCGUGGAGGGGCCGGUGCCUACCGGCCACAGGAGGGUUCUGACCCCAGAACCAGCUCGUCUGAACGCAAAGACGCUCAGGACAGACAUAAAACCGGAGGGAAAGGGAAUAAAUACGAGGGCAGCUCUGCCAACAAGGCCCGGCAGCAUGCAGGUUCAGAGGACAUUUUGCCCUAUAGCCGACCUCAGUUCCCCAGCAUCAACAGCCCCAGAGACCCAAGUUCUUCAAGCUCCAUGUCCUCCAGGGGUUCAGGGGGCCGGCGGAGAGGGGAAGGCGGCCGAAGGAACCCCGCAGACAUCAGUCUCAACAGCUCCGGAGCCUUUCAGCAAGGAGAUGAAGACCUAGAGAUGGUAGAAAGCUGAAGACCAGAUGAGGAGGAGGAAGAACUGAUACAGGUUUCCAAGAGUGGAGUACCAUAGUUCUCUCAUAAUUUUAAAUAUCUCAGUAUUUCCCCAUCAUGUCGGCUGCCAUUAUACUGUACAUCAAGUGUUUCUUUACAUCCAGAAAACAGACCAAUUUUUUUUUUGUUUAUUUCUAACUUAUCAUUUUCUAUGUCCAUAAAAAUAAAAAAGUGACAAUAAAAGAGUGAUGCAUCCAAAACAAAAUAAGCAGUGGUAUAUUUAUGUUCAAUUCCAAUGCAAUAUGCAGUCAAAUCCUUCUCCAGACAUUGACAUAACUGAGCUUGCCUGAUCAAGAACUAUGGAGAGGCCAUACAACGAGAUGUUACUGCUGCAAGCAGAGGGGGGGUGAACUGUCUGUAAAUAUGUGUCUACAUCAUGUUUUACCCAUUGUGGUACCUCAAGGUUGUCUUCCUUGUUCUUAUUUUGCAGAUUCUAAUUUUAUUAUGCCAGUAAAUUUAAUUAUUGUAUCAAUUCCAUUCAUGUUGUAAAUUGCUAUAUUAUUUGUUCCCCCAAGAAAGUGCCACUUUGGGUUUGUUUCUGUUUUUGUUUUCCUUUUUGUUUUUUGUAAUGCACUGUUAUGUUCUGUAUUGUCAACAUGUUUAUUUGUUUUACUUUGGUUUUAAAAGCACAAUCACUAAACUUUAUUUUAAACCAUUCUAUCUAUUAACCUUUUUGUCUUACUGGAAGAAAAAAAGGUAUGACAAGAGUCUAGUUAAUCCUGAUGAUGAUGAUGUAGGUAAAGGUUGUUGUUUACGAAGGCUGUGCUUGAAAGGAGACUCCUUCCGUUGUGAUUGUCUCCCUCUCCAGUUCUGACACUAGCUAAAGUGAUGACAAAGCCAGUUAAUGUGAGUCAUAGCUGCAAUGUAAAUAUCCUUUUCACAAUGACCAUAAACUCAGCUAUCGCACAUUAAUUGAAAUGGUUGUGUUGCCUACAAAUGCACUUAAAUGAAUGUCAAACACAGGAAACAUGUCACUUUGGGAGCCUGGAGAGGUUGUAAUUGGACAAGAAGAGUCUCUUUUCUUGAUACAAAAGGGCUGACGAAGCCCGCUUUUAAGGAGUAAGGGUGCUGUUGUUUAUUCAUAGGACAUCUGCAAACAUUUGUUUCGUAAAUCAAAAAAACAAAACAAAAAAAGAUGAAUUAAAAAAGGUUCAAACCAAA